UUUUGGGGGAACAGUUCAGGAACAAGAUGGCUGUCCCGGGAUAAGAAAAACGGUCUUUCUUUUUUCACGUAAACACGGCAUUUUAGUGCAGUUUAGUAUACGUACUUUACUAGCGAACAACUUUAACCGCUUUAAAGGCAUCGCUUCGGAACUAAAGACGUCGUUUCUGGGACGGAAUCGAAGUUUGUGUUUUCUUAACUUUUUUGUUUUAACGCUUAGUCGAGACUGAAAACUGCCGCAGCUGGUUAUGAAGAGCUGGAUGUCGUUACACAAAUCUCCAUAUUGUGACUUUUACAGUCAGUGUGUCACGAUUUAUUGCUCGUUUGUGUAACUUUGAGAGUUAUCAGAUGCCCCGCACCAGAUAGAGAAACUAGCUAACUGGACCAUGAGUUCAUCCCGAGUCAGACCCCAGCAGCCGCCGCAGAGCCAGACAGGCAGGUCGCCCAACAGACUCGACUCCAGCGAGGGCAUAGAGAUGGAGAACAUCCAGCAUCAAGACCUGGGGCUCGGAGGGGUCGCGGGCACCCCGUCCCCUCCGUCCAGACAAGCGUGGAGCCGGGAUAACCCUGGGUUUGAACCCGAGGACGAGAUUAUGGAAGCCGACUGGCCUCAAGCGAGUCCAGGGAGGAGGUCGGUGUCCACGGCCUCCAGCAGCAGCUGCAGCAGCGGCCUGGGCAGCUACAACCGCGGGGGCAGCAGCACCCACAUCCCCCGGGGAGGACUGUACCCGACCCCGACCCUGGAUGCUCAGCAACAGGACAGGCAUGAGCACCUCAGCUGUAUGAAGCAGAUACUCCAAAAAAUCAGAAUCCUGUGGGGCACAGAGCUGAUGGAGGACAGUGACAGCAGUCGAGAAAGGUACCUCAGGAACGUACUGAGAGAGAUGCUCACGUACAUCACAUUCCUCAUCACUCUUUGUAUCUUGACCUAUGGGAUGGUGAGUGCCAAUAUGUACUAUUAUACCAAAGUCAUGUCUCAGCUUUUCCUGGACACGCCGCUGUCUGCUGGGGAUCCUUCAACCUUUAGGAGCCUCGCAACUAUGGAGGAUUUCUGGAAGUUCGCAGAGGGGCCCUUCCUCAACGGCAUGUACUGGGAGGUGUGGUACAACAAUAAGAGCCUGCCAGAGAAUCAGAGUUUCAUCUACUAUGAGAACCUUCUCCUCGGGGUGCCGCGGCUCCGGCAGGUCAAAGUUCGCAACGAGUCCUGCUCCAUCCACGAAGAUCUGAGGGACGAGGUCCAGGACUGCUACAACAUAUACACGCCAACCAACGAGGACACCGCAGCCUUCGGCCCCAAGAAUGGGACUGCAUGGGUGUACACCACGGAGAGUGAGAUGAAUGGCAGCAGUUACUGGGGUCAGGUGUCUAAAUAUGGAGGUGGAGGAUACUACCAGGACUUGUCUCGUACCAAAGAGGAGUCAACCAUCCAACUGCAGUUUCUCAAAGACCACUUGUGGCUGGACAGAGGCUCCAGAGCGGUGUUCCUUGAUUUCUCUGUCUACAAUGGGAACAUAAACCUUUUCUGCAUCGCCAGGUUGUUGGUGGAGUUCCCUGCUACUGGCGGGGUGGUAACCUCCUGGCAGUUCCAAACAGUGCGUCUGAUAAGAUAUGUGUCCAGCUGGGACUACUUUGUGGGUGUGUGUGAAGUGGCAUUCUGCCUGUUCAUCCUCUACUAUGUGGUGGAAGAAGUGCUGGAGAUCCGCAUCCACCGCCUGCAUUAUUUCAAGAGCCUGUGGAACUGUCUUGAUGUUCUCAUUGUCGCCUUGAGUGUUGUUGCCAUCAUCAUGAAUAUAACCCGAACAGCCAUGGUUGGAAACCUGCUCAAAGGCCUCUUGGAGAACCACACUGCCCACCCCAGCUUUGAGCCUUUGGCCAAUCUGCAGGUCCAGUUUAACAACAUGGCUGCGGUUAUCAUCUUUUUUUCCUGGGUCAAGCUUUUUAAGUUCAUCAACUUCAAUAAGACCAUGAGUCAGCUGUCCAGCACUAUGUCUCGCUGUGCCAAGGACCUCGUGGGUUUCGCCAUCAUGUUCUUCAUCAUCUUCCUGGCGUAUGCUCAGCUGGCCUACUUGGUGUUUGGAACUCAAGUCAACGAUUUUAGCACUUUCCAAGCCAGCAUAUUCACUCAGUUCCGUAUUAUCCUGGGAGACUUCAACUUCUCAGAGAUUGAGGAGGCAAAUCCAGUCCUCGGACCCAUCUACUUUACAACCUUUGUCUUCUUCAUUUUCUUUAUUCUUAUGAACAUGUUCUUGGCCAUCAUCAAUGACACAUACUCUGAGGUGAAGGCCGACAUGUCCCAGCAGAGGUCUGAGUUGGAAAUGACUGACCUCAUUAGGAAGGGUUGUAACAAAGCUUUGAUCAAAUUGAGACUAAAGAAGACGGCGGUAGACGACAUCUCAGACAGUUUGCGUCAAGCCGGGGGGAAACUGAACUUUGAUGAACUCCGUCAGGAUCUAAAAGGAAAGGGCCACACAGAUGCAGAGAUUCAGGCCAUCUUCGCCAAGUAUGAUCACGAUGGUGACCAGGAGCUGACAGAACAUGAACACCAGCAGAUGAGAGACGACCUGGAGAAAGAGAGAGAGGACUUGGAUCUGGAACGCAAUUCGCUGACUCGACCCAGCAGUGGGCGGAGCUUCCCUCGUACCCAGGACGACUCGGAGGAGGACGACGACGAGGACAGCGGUCACAGUUCCCGUCGCCGUGGCAGCAGCUCAGGGGGCGUCUCAUAUGAGGAAUUUCAAGUGCUGGUGAGACGUGUGGACAGGAUGGAGCACUCUAUCGGCAGCAUCGUGUCCAAGAUAGAUGCCGUGAUCGUGAAGCUGGAAGCCAUGGAGAGGGCCAAACUUAAAAGAAGAGACGUGCUCGGCAGGCUGCUGGACGGAGUCAUGGAGGAUGAGCGUCUGGGUCGGGACACGGACGCCCACAGGGAGCAGACGGACCGGCUGGUGAGGGAGGAACUGGAGCGCUGGGAGUCUGAUGACAUGGUCUCACAGGUUAGCCACCCUCAGACAGCCACUCCUGUCGGCCCUCGGCCUCGUCCCUCAUCCUCUCUGUCCACCGACGGCCUCGACAUGGGCACAAACGGAAGCAGUCACGUGUGAAGACGUGGCCCACUGAAGAAUAUUCCACUCUAUCGGAAACCUCCCUGAAGCAGAGCAAGUACCUGAACAUGUCAUACUACACCUUAUUGAAGAAGGACAAAGUACCUCACCUCGAAUACUAAAGCACUGACAGUGAGCGAGGUUCUCACCUGAACGUGUUCGUAAAUCUAUCUAGCAGACAGUAUUACUUUGAUAGAUGAUGAAACAUGAAAUACAUGAGAUGUUGAAGAAUCAUGUAGGAUUUGCAGCACAGCGUCCAUCCCAGUAUUACACACAUGUACCAGCCUGUAUGAUUUUAAUAUCCUCACCUGCUUCUGAUCACUGUAUCCACACAUCUAGGCAUUUACACAAAUACUCCAAAGGCAUUUCUAUCAAAGUUAAUUUUGCUGAUUAUUUUUCCACCAUUUUAAUAUACACUAGGUACAAGUGUGGCACAUUCUGUCAUAUUUACUCAUCUUCUGUUCAACUAAGCUUCAGAUUAAUGAUCUUAUCGUUUUAUGAUACGUAUUGUAACUUGAAACAAACUUCAAUUUGGAGUGCGUCAGUGUUCAUGGGAAACCCAUGCAUUUAUUAUUUUUUCCCUGUGCCUUACUUAUUUUUACAAUCUAUUCUUUUUGUAAUCUGUUUUGCCAAAUAAAGUGUUCUUAAAAUACA